UCGUUUAUUCGGUAUCGUCUCGUUACUCAGUCGCAUUUCAGACCGCAAAUUGAAAGGACGAAUUUUGGUGGUUGCUCCCCGAAACGUGCCCAUUUUUCCCUAUUUGUGAAUAAUUUGGGAAGUGGCUAAAGAAAAAAAAAUUAUUUUAUUGCACAUCAAAUUUGCUCAUCGGAUAGAUUCUUCGCAGUAGUGACCAAGAAAAUUUGGUAGUUUACCGACAAAUGAAAAAUCUGCAGUGUCGAUUCUCGAAACGUCAUCGAAUAAGGUCAAUUGUGAGAUUCUAAUUACGAAAAGUUUUCUACGGCUUUUUUAGUUUUUUUUUAUUUUCCUGAAAAACUUAGGACCUUUGAAAAGUGAUUUUGAGAAACAAGAUAAAAAACAAAACUGGAUAAGCAUCUAUUCAAAGUAAAAGUUCUGGACAGUUGUAGUGAUUUUAACAGAUUCUUUUAUUUUUGGAGACAUUCUCAGUUCAAGUUUUGAGAAGCAAAAAUACCGCCAAAAAAAUCCUGCAAAAUUUUGCGGUUAGAGACAAAAGGAAGCAAAGGAUAAAGUUUGUUUUUUCGUGAGUGCAUAUGUCACAGAGUGAGAGAAUAAAAAUCUGAAAGAAAAAAAAACUAACUGAAACUGGGCGGAAUACAGACAUUCUCCAGCACUUUGGGCGGCAAAGUUCUUGAUAUGCCUAGCAAAGUGGCCACAAUUGCAGUGAAUUACGAUAAAAAGUGCAAAUCAAUAGUGAAAAGCAAUUGUACAUUUCACACAAAACAAGUGACUAAUCACUGCAAAAUAUUUAGACGGAUUUACUAAAAUAAAAAAAAGUGACACUUGAUUUUGGUUGUUGGUGAAUAAGAAGUUCACUUGCAAUACGAAAUAGGACAAGAAAAAGUUUAAUUUUUUAUUUUUUAAUAAUUGAAACUUUUAUUUUAAAAAUUUUCAACCAUACUAUCUGGGUUGGAAAAAAGUGCUAAGUUUUUUAUUAAAACAAGUUUACUUGGAGAACAAUUGGGAAUUGUUCAAAAAAAAACUACCUUUUUAAUCAGGACAACGUAUAGAGUUGAAUACUAAACGGUUUCACUGGUAUUUUACCAAAACUGAAAAUAAAAUUUUAAAAAUAAAAAAAAUCUGAAAAGGAUUAUUUCCUGCAAAGAUAUGCCCGUUAAAGUAGAAAACAUGUUGGACGAUACAGAAUUGUACACACCAUCGUACCAACCCCAUGAAUUUGAAUGGGAGUACAAUAUGUUGGAUCUGCCAACGUCAGAGUUUAUGGCGUCAGUGCAGGAUACAGAAAGUAUGUUCUAUGGGCCACUAGAGACCUCUUUCUCUUUAAGACCUCCAUCACCACUUUUGUCACAGUCAUUGAAGCAUCAAUUGUUGCACAAUCAUGAUUGUAUGUGGUCGGGUCAAUGUGGUGAUCACUCGGACAAGGAUAAAUGUCCGGGAAAUCAUAGUACAUCGGCAACAGCUGUUAAAACUGAACCAAUUGAAGAUAAGCCUAAAACAUUGAUUAAGAAUACAUCAUCCCACAAUAUCCCGGCUGGUAGUUCACUUUUGCGUUACAAUCAGCAGAACAAGAAGAGUCCUAUGAUGUCAAGUGUUAGUAGAAGUUGCACUAAGAAGCAAUGUGACAUUCUUAGACCCGAUACACCCCUCAGUCUUGACAGUGAUCCGCCAGAAUUUAAGCAUACCUUUGAUUUGGCUGCUUGUACAAUGGGAUCUAACAAGUGGAACCUCUCAAGUUCUGACGAUGAUGUCAAAUAUAUCACAAUGCUGAAGGAACAUCUUGAGGAUACAUCAGAUGGCAAGAGUGAAAAUUUGAAGGCUCUCAUGGGAACUUAUAGGUCCAAUUCAUUGUCGGAUUUGCUGACGGAUAUCAAAACAUUGUCAGACUAUGAAGAGGAAGAGGAUGAAGAGGAGGAGGCUGAAGAUAGUGCCAUAGACACAGAUCACGAUGACAUUAUUGCAUCGAUGAGUCGUCAGGAGUCGUGUCAAGUGUCACCCCCCAUGGUCUCAUCACCCAUUUCAUCUUCACAGUCAUCGAUUUCCAGCACAGGAUCACACUCAGCUGGUUCCACCAGUGGUAUUGUUGAGGCUCACAGUGAUCAUUGCUACACACGGAGUAUCGAUCUGAGCGGCUUGGGCGUGCAGACACCUUCCGAUUCCGAAGAGGAAAUCGAUGUUGUUUCCGUGGGUGAUAAGACAUUGCCAACGAAUCCGAGUGCUAGGGAUCGACGCACAAUACAGACCACAAUAUCCGACCGGAUAGUCAAAACAACUCCACGUGGUCUCAAAACCAUCCCGCCUAGGCGUGUGAAUGGCGUAGAGGCUCAAGCACAUAUUUCUGCCCGCACGAAAAUGUCCCAUGGAGUACCAUCAGCCAGUCCGUAUGGCACUGUCCAGACCACAAGAUCUGGGGCUGGGUACAAGGGACAGAAUGUGAGAAAGGGUAAGAAUGAUGGGGGUCGCAAGAGGUCUGGAUCCAAAUUGGAUGGACCGGCAUCGAAAAAGCACAAGGGUAAGAAGGGACGUGUGUCGAGCUCCAAGAGCACAAAGGGCACAGAUCUCUGUGAGCAGGAUUCAAUUGAGAAGAGAAAUUUGCACAAUGAUAUGGAACGUCAGAGGCGGAUAGGGCUGAAGAAUCUGUUUGAGGCUCUGAAAUCUCAAAUCCCAAGUCUCAGGGACAAUGAGAGAGCGCCCAAAGUUAAUAUUUUGCGCGAAGCCGCCAUUCUCUGUACGCAAUUGUACAAUGAGAAUGAACGAUUAAACAACCUCAAGAGACAUCAUACCAAUAUUCAGAAUCGCUUGAGAGCCAUCAAGGGCCAUCUGACAUCUAGCAAUGUCCCCGUUCCUGAAUACGCCUACUAAGAAAAAAAUAAGGUAUGAGAAUUUUCUUUUCUCUCAAACUUUUUUCUUGGGGGUUUUCUUUUUGGCAUUCGGGAUUGAAGGCUUGAGUUAGAAGAGAGAGUUAACUCAUAUAUAAAAAUUUGUCUCUCAACAACCUAAUGAGACAUUAUAUUGCUAAACCAUAUCUCUAUAAUGGUUUUAAACCGCGCACGUUCGUCAAGGAACGUUUUAUUGAUCUCUACUUAAUUUUAAGCAAAAAGAAUAUAAAAAAAAACUAAUUUUGGGUUGUAAAUAUAGAAAUAUUAUAGCAUUUAUACCUUAUAAAAGAAAAGUAAUUUCUAUUCAUUGAUUAUAAAAAAAAAAAUAUGAAAAAUAAGAAUAUUAUGUAAAUAUUUUAUUAGGUGAGGAAAACACAUUUUAAAGAGAGAGAAAAGUUUUAAAAAGCUAUUUAGGGGAGGUAGUGAAGGAAAAUUUAUUUGCAAGAAGUUUUUUUUUCGUUCUGAAAUAAAUAUUUUUGCUUCACUAAUAAAAAGAAUAAAUAAUGAAGAUCGGAGAUAUUUUAGACAAGAUAUUUGUGUCCAAAGUUUUUUUUUUCAUUUAGAACUUUGAUAUUUUAAGAUUGAUAGGCAAACAAACGUGAUGAAUAAUAAUUUUUUUUUAGAUAGGAGAUAACUAGGUGAAAAAACAAAUUGAUGGAUGAGAAAAAAAUGGAUUUUUGGACACAUUUUUUUUUUAAAUAGAAGUGCCAAUUUAUUUUUAAGAAAGAAGUUUUCUUUCUUAAAUAACUUAUUUCUUUUCAACUGCAGAGACGCUGUUUUUUUUUCUAAAUGAAAAAAAAAAAUAAUACAAUAUAGACAAGAUAAAAAUCAAAUAUUUAAAUAUUUAAAAAAGAAAAAUUGCAAACAUAUAUUUACGGAAAAGACUUUAUUCUUUUUCUAAUUAACUAUUAUAUACUUCAUUACUGAUAAAAGACAAUUUCUAAAUGUAUAGAAUAUAUUAUUAAAAAAAAAAUAGAAUUUUGAAAAGAAAGAGAAAAUUUUAAAGAAUAUUGGAGAAAGAGUUAAAGGAAGAAAAAUUCUCAUUGAAGUAGAUUUUUGUAAAUAUAUUUCUUAGAUAGGACACUAUAUAAAGAAAGAAAAAGAGUAUAAAAUUGAUAAAUUUUUCUUUGCAUACACAACAAUUUUUAGAAUUUUAGUAUAUUUUGCAUAAAAUGUAUAUUUUUUCAAUGAUAAAUAGAAAGAUAAACAGAAUUUGGAAUAGAAGAAAUAUAGAUCCUUUGUAAAUAUUUGCUGAAGAAAAAAAAGGAAUGAAUUAAUUUAGAGAGAUAUUUAAGAUGAAAAAAAAAGAAAAAUAACUUUUUGCUAAUUAGUAAUUGAAAGAAAAUUUAAUUGGAUGAAGUGUAGGUAUUAUCGUGAAUUAUUAUCACUUUUUUGACAAGAAAAAAAAAAUGAUAUUUGAAAUUGGAAAUGAUAGUAAUUUUAAAAGAAAAUUAAUAAUCAUCAAAUAUAAACAAGAGAUAAAAACAUAUUUUAACACAACAUGAAUCCUGUAUAUUUCACUAGGUAUUAGUGAGUUUUAUUUUUUUUCUGGGAAAGUAAAUUAAGAAAAAGCAAAUGCAUUUAAUAUUUCUUUUCUUUUUUUCAAUUAAAAAAAAAACAUAUACAUUUAGUUGUUCUUUUUUGUCUCACAAUGCUGAAAAAUAAUUCAAAUUGGUAAAAUAUGUUUUUUAACGAAAAAAUGUUUCCACUAAGCGAUUUUUUAAUUGCUUAAUUUUUAUUUUAUACUUUUUGCUUAUUUGCUGAAACCAAAUAUUAUUAUAUUUUAUUGAGAAAAAAAUAUAUAGUUUUGCUUUUUUACAAAAGGUGGUAAUGAAUUAUAAAACAGAGAGAUAAAAGAAACUAUCUUAGGAAGUAAAAACGAAAAAAUAUUAAAUUUAUAGUGAUAAACACAAUUUUGAGAAUGCUGAAAAUAAUGGGAGACAUUUUUAGAAAAACACAAGUAGUUGAUAUGUAAUUAAAAAAAAAACAUUGAAAAUUUUAAUAGUGAUAGAGAUUUAAAAAAAAUACCUUGAAUUGGAUUUAAAAAAAAAAAGAAUUAAAAAUUUGAUAGAAAUUCUAUAAAUUUAAGAUUGCUAAAAAAAACUUCACACAUUUUCAAAAUGCUGAAUUGUUUCCUGUUUUCUAACUUUUUUUCGUUGAUUUGAAAUCUAAAGAUGAAAAAAAAAGAAAAUGUAAAAAUAGUGCCACAUUUUUUAUUGCAUUUGCAGUUACGUUGAAUGAUAAAUUUUAUUUGGAAAAUACCUUUUUUUGGUCAAUGAACUAAUUCUUUCAUUGAUUUUUUUUAAUUUUUCAUGCUAAAAUAAAAUAUUAUGCUCAUUAGUAGGGUAAGUGUGCCAAAUUCUGGCCAGCUUGCAAUUCCGACCACCUUUUUUGUUCCUCAAAUUUCCAUGAAUUUUUAGUUUUUACAUAAUCCAGAAAUUAUACAAUGCAAAAGAAUAACAAAAAAUGUAGCUUCGGCAAACGAGAUGGCGCAAAAACUAUGAGAAUGAAGGUGGCCGAAAUAGGGCACCAAAGCUUUGUUUACAUUUUUAUUCAUUUUAAAAUGUAUUAAGAAUGAUUUUAGAGCAAAUAUAGACGAUAAACUGUCUACAAGGUUCUAAGCGACACUCCUUAAAUAGAACGAAUGGAAAAAAUCAAUUUCUAUUAAAGAUAUUACAUUUAAAACUUGAGACAUUGGCGCUUGCAUGCAACUAUGCCGAAAUUUGGCACACUUACCCUAUGUCAUCGUUUCUCCCCCUUCUAUUAAUUUUAUAACACUUAUAAUGAAGGUGAAUUUUUUAUUCUAUAUAUAUUUUUAAGUAGGUGAAGAAAUUUUAAAAAAUUGAGUUGAAUUUUUUUAUUGUGAUUAUUUUUACUUACUAUUUUUUAUUGAAUUAACUUGAUUAUAGCGAUGAAAUAAUAAAAAAAAACUUAGAUCGACAUAAAUGUGUUUUCUUUAUGAAAUUCGAGGAAAUGGAAAAGAAACUUUGAAUUUUUUCUUUGACGUUUUUUUUUUUUAAUUUUCAAACGUUUUCUUUUUCACUAAUAUUAAGUAGGAUUUUGAUUUUUAUGUAAUUCUAUUUAGGAAUUUUAUGUGAAUUAAAUAAAUACAUUUAUAUGAAAAGAAAAUAGAUGAAAAAAAAUUAAUGCAAUUUUGACUAUACAACAGAAACCAAAAAUUUGAAGAAACUGAUGACUUCUAUGGUAUAACGCUGUUUCGUUUCGGUUUAAAUUGGGACCAAGUUUGAGUUCUUGUUGAAAAAGGUAAACUGUAAUUUUUUUUUUGGCUUUAAAUCAGGAGAAUCUUGAAACAUUCAUCCCAUAUUUUGUAUUUCAAAAUAAUAAAAAAAAAACAUCAUUGAAUUCCUCCGCAACAUUCGUUCCUUCGUGUUCUUUACCUUUACUACAAUUAUAUAUUAAACAAAAAAAACAACAUAAUAAACAUGAACAAUAGCAUUUUUCUGCCUAAGCAACGAUUCAGGCGUUUUACCAUAAGUAAAUAAAAAAUGAAAAAAGAAAAAUAAAGCCGAGAAAAAGAGUUAAAAACGAAAAACCCCUCAAAAUUUAAUUGGCGACAAAAAAGUGUUAAAUAAGAGUAAAGAAAUAGUAGUUUCUAAUACCAAAAUAGUAAUUUUAAAACAUAUUAAAAAAAACAACAUUAAAUAACACAAAAAAUAAAAAAGAAAAUGAUAAACACGAAAUAAAAUAUGCAACCAUGUGCCGUGUGUAGAAAAAUUACUGCCUCGCUUUAUUCAACAUUUUUAAGAUGAAUAACACAAAAAAAAAAUAGUUAAAAGGAAAAUAGAGAAAACAAAGGACAAUUUUUUAUCCAUACAGUUUUUCACAAAUUUCCCCACACAAAAAAAUGCAACAUAAAUGCAAAAAAAGAAAACCAAGAGAAAAUAAAGACGCAAAUGGAACUGCAAAAAGAUUGAACAAUUUAAGAGACGAAAAAAAAGAGAAAAAAAUUCUUAAAAAUAAACAUCUGUUAUCAAAAGUACCUGGAAUAUUAAGUAAUUUUAGUGUAAACAUUUAAGAAUUAUUAUUUUUUUUUAGUAAUGAUAAAAAAUAUACAAUGCAAAUAAUUAUACGCAUAUUUAGAUUAAGAUUUUUUUUUCUAAUAUUGACUACAAGCUGAAAAGAGUAAUGUAAGAAAUAUAUUUAAAUUUUUAAAUAAUUCAAAAUAAAAACAACAAAAAAAAACAGUUGCAGUCUUAACACUGAUAUUCUUGUCGCCAAUUAAUUGACAAAAAUACUGCUUUUUAAGAAAAAAAAAAAACAUGCAAGAAAAAAAUGAACGAUUUACAAAUAUAUUGAAAAAAAAAAAUGAAAAAGCGUGACGAAGCAACUAAAAAGGAACUUGACUCUUUUUUCAAAACAAUUAUUUAGAUAUAUAUAAAAAAACAUGAAGAAUGAGAAAAAUAAUAGAUUGUUGGAGUUAAUAAAAAAAAUACAAAUGAAUACAUAUUUACUUAUUUUAUAUUUUUUCACAAUUUAUAUAUAUUGAAUAAAAAGAAAGAGAAAAAAACAAAGUAAAAAAAUUAGAAGAAAUAGAAAAAUAGUGAAAUUGAAAUUUACAAAAAAAAAGAGCAAAAGAAAAAAACGAGAAAAAAUUGAAAAUACAGAAUUUUUUGUAUUCUUCUUUUUAGUUCCUGUAAUAUUGAAUUAUAAAACCGUGAGAAGAAAAUACAUUUGUAAAACGGAAGAAA